AUGGCCAAAGGGAAGCGGUUCAACCCGCCUUUGGACAAGGUCGGAAGAUGGUUCCCUCAAAUUGGAGUGGUGCAGAAGACACCAGAAUCCAUCACAAGUGCUACCCUGAAGGAAAUCCACUGUCCAUACUUGUCUCAGCAGGUGGAGAGGAAGCUGCCGCCAAUCUACAAAAUCCGAGAGAAGCAAGCAGCAAGCAAAAGCGGCUUCCCCUUUUCUAUGCAUGACAAUCGCCACAGUUUUGAGAACUCUGGAUAUUAUUUUGACGCUGGCUUGGGACGCAAGAAGAUCUCCCCAGAUAAAAGGCAACACAUUUCUAGAAAUUUCAAUCUCUGGGCCUGUGACUUCAUCCCAUCCCAUUUUGAUGGCCUUUCAAAUAACCAAACAUCAUAUGUACAUAAGGAAGCCAGGGUAAUCUCAACUUUCCGACGCUUCCCUAGAUGUUACGAUGAAAAAUGGAGUGCCUUCAAGUUUUUUAAGGACCAAAACUAUGCAGAAUUUUUGAAAAAACAGCCAAAUGAGGAGUUUUCUGUUGACACACAGCCAAAUGAGGAGUUUUCUGUUGACACAAAGGCCGUCUCUCCACAGGAGCCCUAAUCCUUCCAGAAGAUUCUUGAUGAGUCUUGUGAUGUCAUCUCAUCAGGCAUUCAUAAAGUAUGUCU